UAAAAGGUUGUGCCUUUUUAACCCAGACAGAUAACUAACAUAAAUCCUAGGACUGAAGUCCUAAUCCUUGAGAAGGUUUCAACUUUGCUAAGGACUGGAGCAGCUUGUUUUUCUGGUUUGAGGGUAUGGAGGUUGAUACUGAUCGCAGUGAACAUCAGUAUGAAGAAGAAUAUGUAUUGCUUGAUCUUGGUUCAGUUUCCUCCCAGCUUCAGAUACCAGCAAACGCACCAUAUGUUCUUUCUGGUUUAGACACAAUGCAUCCGGUACUGAUUAUAAAUGACAAAUUGAAGUUGACUGGAAAAUGGGACGAAACUAUUGGAACCUGCCUUAUUUUCAAAGAAGGUGCUAGUUCUGUAAUUCAUGAAGAAACAGGAUUGUCGGCAAAUGCAUAGUAGAUCAAAACCAAUAUCUGUCACUUGGCUGUGCUUAUAGGAGAUUAAAAUUUGGAUUGGCACCAGAUUGUGACUCUCAUAGUGCUGUAUCUGUGGAGGCUGAGAAAGUUUGUUGAAGUUUUUGCAAGCACUCUCAAGAUCCUGAUGGUGUGAGUUAUAAAUCAAGAUAUUGCUGUUUUUUGGAAGAGAAGAUAUUGCUGUUAGCUCAUGUAUAAUUGUUGAUGUUAACUCAUUUACUUCAUUGCCAUAGUAAAGAGGCGUUCUAAAAUUACUCUUUAUUUCAAGGUACCGAAAAACCAAGGUUCUAUUUUCUUUGAAGUAAUAUAGUAAAGAUCGGUAGAAUUGGGUUUAAGUUCUCACUAUUUAUUGUCAUUUGGACAUGUAGAAAAUUAUGUGCGUCGCAGUUUGGGAGUCUGAGAUGAGAUGUAGGACUAGGAAAGGAUUUCAAACUUCAUGUCGCCAAGAUUUUGCUUCAAUCUAGCUCAAAGACCUUGGAGCUUGAUAGAAAUCCAAUCCAUUUAGAAGAUUAGCAACAAUGAUUCCUCCUCAUCUUGUUUAAGUUUCACUGCAAGGUUUGUUGUCAUUCUGUUUGAAUUUGUCUCUGGCUAUCACGACCGCCUCAAUCAGUUGCAUGUUAUUGAUUAGUCCUGUGUUCACUUGAGUUUUUGCUUCUUCUUAUCCGUAGUGAUAUGUAUGUCAACAGCAUCAUCUGGAGGCUCUGAGAUAUAUCGCCAAGGACGAAACUCAUGAAUGCACUCUGCAUAUCUCUUCGUUCCGGGUUUCCUAUAAAAAAAAGCCUAGGACAUGUUCUUGUAGUAUAUGGCUGUAAGUUAUAUACUUGUGCUUGUUAAACAAUUUAUAUACUAGUUACAAGAAAACUCACUUUCUAAUUGGUUCCGGGAACAAAUAAGAGUAGAGAGGUGGUCUUGAAUCUUCAUAUGCUCUCUUGUCUGCAAUUUGUUCAGGAUCCUCUGCCAGAUUUGGUGGUCCUCCUAGAAACAUCUAUAAGCAAAACCCAAUUAUUUACUAUGGAUGGUGACCGGUUUUCUUUAGGGUCACCGCUAGCAAGUUCCUUGGGUACAUUCUCGCUAGCAACUGAGGCCAACCCUGACAAGAUACAUGCAGUCAUAAGCAUGAAAUCUCUUGAGAAGAAAGUUGACUUGCAAAGCUUGCAAGGAAAGUUAACGGCACUUUCUCGAUUCAUCGCUAGACUCACAGACAAAUGCUUACCAUUCUUCAAAACAAUGAAGCGGUCACAUUGUAGGGUGGUAGAUUGGAAUCCUGAUUGUGAGGCAGCACUCCAAGUCUCCAAGGUCCCAAGGAGUGCAAAGAUCAGACUUCAUCAAAACCCAGCUUUCAAGCCCAAGUGAAGACAGAUAACCAAGGAGUGUUCAAAGUCCAAUUGCCUUUCUCAGUGAGCAAGCAUGUGAAGAAAAUGGCAGCACGAGCCCCUGAGAGCUUGUUUGAUAAUAGUACAAGAAAAUGUGGGUACUUAACAUUUUUGAAGGAAGAUACUGUUCCUUCAGAUUCAGGAUAAUUUCUUUCCUACAUUUCAGAGCCAUGUAAUAUUUGAAAUUUAGCAAACAAUUUUGAUAUUCCCUUCA